UCAACCUACCUAUCUCUUCUGAAGGGUUGGUGGAACCCCAAUAUUUCACUAUAUAGAGUGAAACAUUCAAGCUGUUAUUGAGAUAUAUUCAAGUACCUCCCUAUAUCUUAUUGUAAUUCAUCUUUUGCAUAGCUAAAACGAUGGCUUUUGAAAAAGAAAACAUGCAAGUUGAAAUUGUGUCUACAAAGUUCAUUAAACCAUCUUCACCAACUCCAAAUCAUCUCCAAAAUUACAAGUUAUCUUUCUUUGAUCAAAUAGCUGAUGAAGCACAUUUACCUCUUGUUCUUUUUUAUCCUCCUACUAACAACAUUAACUAUGCAUCUCAUGAACAACAAGUUGAGCAAUCUCUAUCUAGAAUUUUAACUCAUGUUUACCCUAUGGCUGGUAGAAUUAACGAGGAUAUCGACUCGAUUUGCUGCCAAGAUCAAGGGGUUAAAUUUGUUAAAGCCAAGGUAAAUGGUAAACUCAAUGAGUUUCUUGAGAAAGCACACAAGGAUGUCAACCUUGCAUUGCUUUGCUGGCCUCAAGAUACAUGGGAUGUAGAUGACACUAACUUGUCCAUCAUGCCAAUUGUUAUUGUCCAAAUCACUGAGUUUGAGUGUGGUGGCUUGGCUCUAUCUGUAAGCCAUGCACACACUGCUAUGGAUGGUUUCACAAUUUUCUAUAUUAUUCAUGAAUGGUCCAAAGUGUGCAGACUGGAGAUUCCUGUAGAGAAAAUUGAUUUCCUAAGGUUUGACUUGACUGACACUUUCCCAUCUAGAGAUUUAUCGAAACUUCUCUUGCCUCGUGCACCUGACGAGGAUCGUGUGGAAGCUAAUUUAGUUGCGAAGAGGCUAUACAUCAAUGAAGAUUCGAUUUCAAGGCUUAGAGAAGAAGUCGGAGAUUUAUGCUUUAAGCCGUCAAGAGUUGAAAUGAUUACGGCCCUCCUAUGGAGGGCUCUGAUACGUGCUUCUGAAAAGAAGCACGGACAUCUAAGACGAUCCCUAAUAGGGGUCCCAAUAAACUUGCGCCCUAGGUUGAGUUCUUUACCUCAAGUAGAGAAAACAUUUGGGAAUCUUGUAAUUGAAGCCCCAGCAAAAUUUGUACCUGGAGAAAACAACAUGGAGUUGCGCGAAUUUGUAAAGUUGAUUCGCGAUGCAGUCACUGAGACUAUAACCGCGUGUGACAAGAGCACACCGGAUGAAGUAGUGGCAGCCGUAGCGGCUAUAUAUAAUGGAAGCUUUGUAGCACCAGAAUGGGGAGGGAGUCCUGAAGAAGUUGACAUGUUUGCAAGUUCAAGUUUGUGUAGAUUUCCUAUACAAGAAGCUGAUUUUGGUUGGGGAAACCCAUGUUUGAUGCACUUUGGAUCAAGGCAUAAUCAGGUUUGUUGGCUAUAUGAUGCUGAAUGUGGCAAUGGGAUAUGUGUGCAAGUUGAAUUGAAGGAAGCUAUUGUGAAAUUAUUUGAAUGUGAAGAUGAUAUCAAGAAUUUCUUUGAGUUUUAGGUUCUUUGUGUUUUUCACAAGUCGAAAGCCGUGGAGUAACUAGUAAAGUUGUUGCUAUGUGAUCAGGAGGUUACAGGUUCAAGUCGUGGAAACAGUCUUGACAAAAAUGUAAGGUGAAACUGCGUACAAUAGACACUUGUGAUCCGAUCCUUCCCUGAGAUCUUACACAGCGAAAACUUUAAUGAAACAGAUUGUCUUCCUAUUUGUAUUGAUUUUACUUUUUGAAUUGUUGUCCAAAAAAAGGCAUUUGAAAGUUGGAGCAAUUAUUACUAGCAUAAUUAUAAUGAAACAGAUUGUCUUCCUAUU